AUGCGUAACGGCAUGGUCGAGAAACAGCAGAACGCUGCCGGUCGGCGGAAAUACACUGCGGCCAGCGAACAGUAUGCGCGUGAGAGCCGUGUCCCGCCGCGCAUCCACGUCUACGGCGUCGGCAAUGUGGGCAAGCUGAUUGCCCACUCGUUGCGCGCCGACAACCAUCCUCCACCCGUCACGCUGCUCUUCCACCGCCCGCGUCUGUUGAAUCAAUGGAAUCAUAGCGACAAGACUAUCACCCUCGAAUCCGACGGUCACCGCGUCUCUCGUACCGGCUUCGACGUCGACCUCGCCAUUCCACCUAGACGCAGCCAUGCCACCCGCCUCGACUCGCACGACCAAGAGCCACUUGAUGCCUCGGACCAGGAGCCCAUCGACAACUUGAUUGUCACAGCAAAGGCCCCUUUCACUGCCAGUGCUCUCGAUGCUGUCAAACAUCGCCUACGACCAGAGUCGACCAUCUGUUUGCUGCAGAAUGGUAUGGGCAUCAUAGAUCACCUCAACCGAGACGUCUUUCCGGACCCCGUCACCCGUCCAAACUACAUCCAGGGAGUAGUCACCCACGGCCUGAACUCUCCCCAUCCCAACGACCCUUUCUUCGCCGUCCAUGCCGCUCAUGGUACCAUCGCUCUGGCUGCCAUGCCCAGGGGCGACCUGAAAGACAACCCCUCGGCCUCUGUUCCCUUUGCACCCACAUCUCGCUACUUGCUUCGGACAUUGACAGCCAGUCCUGUCCUUGCCGCCGUCGGUUUUCCCCCUCUAGAAUUCAUGCUGCUGCAGCUCGAGAAAUUGGCCAUCAACGCCGUCAUCAACCCUCUGACCGUCAUGCUGGACGCUCCCAACGGCUCCAUCUUGUACAACUUUGCCAUAACCCGCACCAUGCGUCUGUUGUUGGCCGAAAUCUCCCUGGUCAUCCGCUCCUUGCCAGAGCUACGAGGCUUGCCUAACGUUCAAGAUCGCUUUUCGCCUGAGCGGCUCGAGACGCUGCUUGUCAGCAUUGCCAACAAGACGGGCCAGAACAUUAGCAGCAUGCUUGCCGAUGUGCGCGCCGGCAGGAAGACAGAGGCUCGCUACAUCAACGGCUACAUUGUCCGCAAAGGCGAAGAGUUGGGCAUGCAGCUCCCUUGCAAUUACAUGAUGAUGCAGUUGGUCGAGGGCAAGACCAACAUGAUUCAACGUGAGAAUCUUGAUCAGGUUCCUGUUGCGCAACCAGAUCUUAAUGCACAUCAUACAUAA